AUGGACGGGCAGGACGAGGAGAACCUUCUGUUGUGCGACGGUUGCAACAAAGGGUUCCAUAUCUUCUGCCAUCAACCUGCGCUUGAGGAGAUUCCGGAUGGGGAAUGGCUCUGCUCUAGCUGUGCCUUCGUGAGGAACAUCGAGUGUGAGGUCUGCAGGAGGAGGGACGGAGAAAACGAGCUGAUCUUGUGCGACCGCUGCGACAAGGGAUGGCACAUGAAGUGUCUCGAUCCUCCUCUCCGCUGCGUUCCGCAGGAAGAAUGGUUCUGUGAGGCAUGCAGC